CUCUGUAUAACAGUCUACACGGACAAGAUGAAGGAGAUGUCCAUGCUGUCUCUGCUCUGCUCCUGCUUCUAUUCACAGCCACAUCCUAACAGCCUCUAUCAGUAUGGAGACCUGGAGGUGAAGGGCCUGAACAAGCGAGCCUCAGGACAGUCUUUUGAAGUGAUCUUAAAGGAUCCUGGUCAGUCUGGGGACAAAGCCCAGCCUCAGCCGUUACGGACGACUCCGAGGAGGGAGGUGUCCCUGGAGGAGCUGCAGAAGAGGCUGGAGGCAGCUGAAGAGAGGAGGAAGUCCCAGGAGGCUCUAGUGCUGAAACAGCUGGCUGAGAAGAGGGAGCACGUGCAGGAGGUCCUCCACAAGGUGCACAAGGAAAACAACAAUUUCAGCAAGAAGACGGAGGAGAAACUCAUCCAAAAGAUGGAGGUCAACAAGGAGAACCGGGAGGCCCACCUCAAUGCCCUCAAACAGAGGCUGCGUGAGAAAGAAGUCCACGCCGCUGAGGUUCGGCGGAACAAGGAGCGUCAGACCGACCUCUCCGGCUGA